GCAGCGCAGGCGGCAGUGGGGGCCGGACAGCGCGGCGGUGCGGACUGCGCGGCGGAACAGUGAGCAGCGCGGCGCCCAGAGCGCUGGCCGCCCGCGGAGCUCCAGCCGAGCCGAGCCCGGCCCGGAGCGCCGGGUCCCAGCGCCCGCAGCCAUGCUGGCCGGCCGCGCCGCGCGCACCUGUGCGCUGCUCGCCCUCUGCCUCCUGGGCAGCGGGGCCCAGGAUUUUGGGCCAACGCGCUUCAUCUGCACCUCGGUGCCGGUGGACACCGACAUGUGUGCCGCGUCCGUGGCCGCCGGCGGCGCCGAGGAGCUCCGGAGCAACGUGCUGCAGCUCCGCGAGACCGUGCUGCAGCAGAAGGAGACCAUCCUGAGCCAGAAGGAGACCAUCCGCGAGCUGACCACCAAGCUGGGCCGCUGCGAGAGCCAGAGCACGCUGGACGCGAGCGCCGGCGAGGCGCGGACGGGCGGCGGCCGCAAGCAGCCCGGCUCGGGCAAGAACACCAUGGGCGACCUGUCUCGGACGCCGGCCGCCGAGACGCUCAGCCAACUCGGGCAAACUUUGCAGUCGCUCAAAACCCGCCUGGAGAACCUCGAGCAGUACAGCCGGCUCAAUUCCUCCAGCCAGACCAACAGCCUCAAGGAUCUGCUGCAGAGCAAGAUCGAUGACCUGGAGAGGCAGGUGCUGUCUCGGGUGAACACUCUGGAGGAGGGCAAGGGGGGCCCCAGAAAUGACACCGAGGAAAGAGUCAAGAUCGAGAGUGCCCUGACUUCCCUGCACCAGCGGAUCAGCGAGCUCGAGAAAGGUCAGAAGGACAACCGCCCUGGAGACAAGUUCCAGCUCACAUUCCCCCUGCGGACCAACUACAUGUAUGCCAAGGUGAAGAAGAGCCUGCCGGAGAUGUACGCCUUCACGGUGUGCAUGUGGCUCAAGUCCAGCGCAGCGCCAGGGGUGGGCACGCCCUUCUCCUAUGCUGUGCCCGGCCAGGCCAAUGAGCUGGUCCUCAUUGAGUGGGGCAACAACCCCAUGGAGAUCCUCAUCAACGACAAGGUGGCUAAGCUGCCCUUUGUAAUCAAUGAUGGCAAGUGGCACCACAUCUGCAUCACCUGGACCACCCGGGACGGGGUCUGGGAAGCCUACCAGGAUGGCACCCAGGGAGGCAACGGCGAGAACUUGGCGCCCUAUCACCCUAUCAAGCCACAGGGCGUGCUGGUGCUGGGCCAGGAGCAGGACACUCUGGGUGGCGGGUUUGAUGCCACCCAAGCGUUCGUGGGCGAGCUGGCCCAUUUCAACAUCUGGGACCGCAAGCUGACCCCGGGGGAGGUGUACAACCUGGCCACCUGCAGCACCAAGGCCCUUUCCGGCAAUGUCAUUGCCUGGUCUGAGUCCCACAUCGAGAUCUACGGCGGAGCCACCAAGUGGACAUUCGAAGCCUGUCGCCAGAUCAACUGAGGCCCAGGGCCGGGCUGAGCCUCCUGGUCCCCAGGUCCCCAGCCCCUUCCCGCUUCCCCCCUGCUUGUGCGGUGAUGAUCCGUCGUCUCUUCUUCUCUCCCUUUCCCCCAGGAAUGACUCAAGGCCAUCGCCCUCGUACAUGCGCACACGCACACAGCCUGGUUUCGUCCUCGUGCACGUGAAGCAGGCCCGGCUCCCAUCCGUCCCUGAGGUGUCCCCACUUCUCUCUAGGAGCCCGCACUGUUUCUCAGGCAUGCCCUGUUCACCAGUAAAGCCGGCAGCUGCAACAUUUUGAAAAAUGCACACGUAGGUGAGAGGACCUGUGUGUGAGUGUAUGUGUAUGUGUGUGUGUGUGUGUGUGUGUGUGUGUGUGUGUGUGUUUGUGUGUCUACAAGGGUCUGUCUCUCUGGGGAGGCCUUCUCUUUUUAAAUGAGGUAUUUCAUUUCUUCUUUCUCUGUGGCUUUGGGAAAUCUCAUGACUGGUCUAAUAUCUGCAUUGCCAACUUUGGUGUCCGCCCGUGUGCCUUGGGGCUGGUGCAUCUUCUUCUGCAAUGCAUUCGUCUUUGUUUGUAAACGUUUUUCAGAGCGACAUAUCUCUAUAUUGAUAAAAUAAAUAUCUUGUAGCAGUUUGUUAAAGGCCGGGGGCCUCUCCAUGGAGAAUUUGUAUCUUGUCAUAGAAGGAAUUCUCUCUGAAGGGUUGAAGGCAGACAGUGUCCUGUAAUGGCACCACGUGCUGGGCAGGGGCAGAGGAGGAGGGACCAGCCUCAGGAUCCGGGCAGUCCCUCCCCCAACCCCCAGUGCCUGGCCAGCAUCCUGCUGUUGGCAUCUGAGGGCAGCCCUGGGCCUGGGAGGCCAGCCUGCAUACCCAGCUCGGCCAGCUCUGGCCCAGGAUACCGUCUGUGGCCCUCAGCCUUCCCACGUCCUCAGACUCCCCUUCAGCUGCCAGCUAGCGCCCCCAAGAGAGGAACAUCCCAUCCACAGCCCAGGAAGCCAGGACCCCUGGUCUCCUCCCCUUGACCUCUGGCAGUGGGAGACCAGAGGCUUCGGUGGGUCAGCUUGAGAGCAGACCUUUUAGACCAGGAAACCCACACUCUGAUUACGACCCAGCCACACAGGGCCACUGGAACUUGAACCCAGCCAGUCGACGGGCCAGGUCCGUGGUAACUCUGACAGCCAUAUUCUUCACCCGGGCCGAGGCGAGCCCUCCAAGGGGGCAGGUCCUCCGGAGACCUCUUCUGGGGAGCCACGCAUGGCUAGGCCGGGGCCUGAAAUCCACUCCCCCAUCUUACAGAGCGCAAAUCCUAUGUAGGCCCCAACCUGUCACCAGCUGGUGACACUGAGACCCAGCCAGUGUCCAGAAGCUUUGACAUUUCUUUCCCUCCAUGAAAAACUAACAUGUGCGCCUCCUUCUAGUCCUUCCAAGGCGGGGAGAAAAGUGCGUGCGUGUGUGUGUGUGUGUGUGUGUGUGUGUGUGUGUGUGUGUGUGUGUGUUGAAUGAGAGCGAGCAGAAUAGCACUCAGACGGAUCACACCCAGGGGAGGGUGAGCUCCCUGCUUUGUUGCACCAUCUGGGGGUCGCACACCCUGAGGGCAACCUGGACUCUGUCACCAGGAGUCUAAUUAGCAAAAGGCUGGCAAGUCUUUCUAGAAAUUUUACUGCACUGCCUGGCUCAUCUACAGCUGCAGACAUUUCUUCAGGAGGAGCAGGUGUUUCUGUCUUCUGUUCCUUCCAGGGCACCUGUCUCCUUAAACGCAGGUCCGUGUUGUGUCGGAAACCUAGUGCAUCUGUGUGUGUCUGUGUUGGUGUCUCUGUGUUGGUGUCCGCGUAGGUGUCUGCACGGUACCCAGUCGCCAUUCUGCAAUGCAUCACUCUAGUGCCGAGGGUGAGGUCCAGGCGCCAGGCUACGUGUUGUGGUUCAACGGUGGCUUCUUCUGAGACCGCUGUGCUUUGUCAGAGCCCAUCGGGCUGUGGCAUCUGUGGAUCUGAAGGGAUCUUCUCUGUUUGCAUGUUCCUUGGGGUGGCAUGUCCCUUGCUUCCUCAGUCUGGUGUGUGUUCCCCUGCCUGCAUGAACUUCUCUGGUUCUGUGUUGUGUGCCCAGUGCCACCCAUUGUUCUGUGACCAUCCAUGUAGCUACUAAAAAUGGCUGGGUAAGCAAGCCAAGGGUGUCGGAGGAGGUCAAGGGAGAGAUCGAUUCCCUCUCCCCCUCCCCACUCCCCAAACACACCAAGAAGUAUUUUUAACAUGUAGGUUGAGAACAAGCCUAACAAUGCUUGUGGUUGGGAAAGAGUGAGAGCUUAGUAUCCCCCUCUAGACCAGAUCGGCCCCACCCCUCACUUCAGCCAUCUCAGAGCUGUAGGCAAGGCCCAGAGUGUGCUAGGUGCUCUCCCAUCAGCACCUCCCACCAGCCCCUGCCGAUCUAUGGAUCUACCAGACCCCGGACCACCUCCUGUCCCAGUGGGCGCAGUGGGAGCUGUCCUUUCAGGACCACAAGCCAUCCUCUGCCCUAAGUAGAGAGGGGCAGAGCACACCCCAGAUGCUUACGCCUGUGUCCCUUCAGCCUCCCGACCUGUUCACCCUCCUCGCCCCUCCCCUGACACACCUGCGGUGCCAGGGAUGGAAGCUGAUGUUUAACUCCCUCCGCCCUCCCCAGCUGGAGCCUGUGCCAAGCCCCGGACUCCCUUACUGUGGUAACACUUGGCACUUUGCCAGCCCGGAGGAAGGCCGAUUACACAGCCACAGAUCUAAUCCACAUAGUUUCCAUCUACCCCUUAAUCUGACUGAUGUUCCCUCUUGCACUGAAAUAAUACAUGCCUAUCUCAGGUAAGCCAUUUUAUAAAAGAAGAAGAUAAAAAAGCACUGUCGAGACAGUGUUUGCUUUCACCGAGCUGGUGUCCCACAGCUCCCUGGUGUCCGAGGUGGGAGAGCUGCUGACAGAGGCUCUCCGGGCCCUCGGGGGAUUAGAGCCCACUUGAAUCGUAAGCCUUUCUUGCUUUUGAUAACAGUAUUAUUUCUCUUACUCUAGAUGAAAAAGUUUAUUACCAAACAAGAGUAUUUUUAUGAAAGAAAAGGACAAACCUAUAAAUUAACUCAACCUAUAUUUCCCUUGAAAAUACUUUCAGGCUCCGCCAAAAACGUAGAACUGAAAGCAUGUUAUUUUGGAAGAAAGAGAUACAUUUUGUAUGCUUUCUGUUCCUUUUGUAGAUUCACAGUUUUAUUUUCUAAGACUGCAAAGAUCACUUUGUCACCAGCCCUGGGACCUGAGACCAAGGGGGUGUCUUGUGGGGAGUGAAGGGGAGGGAAGAGGCUGGCAUGAAGGUCACAGUCAUUCCAAUGUGCUCCAAAGAGGGGCCACCUGUUCUCAAAGAUGUGUCGGGGAUGGGAUGCACACUGGCCAUUUAUGGUGGCCCCUCUGUCCCGAGCUGACUUGUUAAGUGGAAUGAGUUGAGGACUUGAUGGUCAGUUCCAACCCUGAUAGAAGAAACUAGGGUUCCGAAUUGUAAACGUUAAGAGGAUAGUAUCCUUUGUAACCUUAUGGCAAACAAAAUGUGGCUUAAAGCAGUCAUGGUUUCAUCUCUUAAAACACAGUGUGUAAAUUUAUUCAGCUAAUGACGGGAAAUGUAUCACUUCCAUGCACAGUGGACUUAAGUGCCAUUUGUUGAAGGGGAACAAGUCAAUGAGGAGAAAAAAAGCCCAAAUACUUAAAGUCCCAAUUUUGUCUUAUUUGCCAAAAAAAAACAAAAAAAUCAACGACAACAAAGCAAA